CGUAAUUAUAAUUAACACAGAAAUUUUUUUAGCCAAUCAGAUACUGGUAAACUUUGUCCUUGAAAAUUCUACUACCUAAUGUGAGGUGUAAGGAUUAGAAAAAUCUGCUCGAUAGAGAAAGAAUUAAAUCUAUUGCGUGAAACCCUACUAGAGAAUGGGUAUCCACCAUGAUUCAAAUAUCACAACGGUUCCUAAGAAGACUCUCUUCAUGAACCUAGAAUUCAAAGGUGAUAUCGCAGCGGAAAUUCUCAGAAACCGCCUUUCAAAAAGUCUGAAGAAGACAUUCCCAACAGCCACUCUACGUAUAACAUUCUCCUUCAGACAGUUAAUCCAGUCUAACGUUAAGGAAAAGAUACCGCUUUUGGCCACUUCAACGUGUAUUUAUCAGUUUACUUCCUCGUGUGGAACAAAGUAUAUCGGCCGUACGCAACGUCAAGUCCACAAACGUGUCCUGGAACACUGCCCAGCUUGGUUAGCCAGAGGAGAAAAGAAGAAUAGCAACAGCUCAAUCCUCGAACACCUUGUCAUCUCCGGACACCGAGCACCCCCACAUGAAUGCUUCACAGUGGUACACAGAGUCCCUCAAUAUCGUACAAAAGGACUCCGAAUGCGACAUCUGUACAUAGCUGAGGUAUUAGCUAUUCGGGACCUAAAAUCGGACUUGUGCAUACAAAAACGAUACAUACAUUCUCUGGCCCUACCAUGGUCAGAGUAAAUUUCUUACUAUAAUUUUGCUCCUCGCUUUAAUAUGUAAGUUCACUAUUAUUAUUUUUAUUAAUAUUAUUAUUACUACUGUUCUUAAUACUUUUAUUAUUA